AUGCAGCAUUAUUCUGAUGAUCUCACCGGGGAGCUGCUUUCCAGCACAUUAGAAAUAUGUGCGACUUUACAGGCAAGCAAAAAUGCUGCGGUUUCGAGUACUGCGGCUGCAACCCUCCAGCAACUGGUAGUGUCGGCUUUCGAGCGCGUCUUUAUUGAGGACAAAAUGUCUGAUGGCCCCAGGGCAAUGACGACAGUCGACAUUGACGGUAGCCAACUAACCAUAGGGUGCCAUGCGCAUGAUGCUUUCAUGGUCUUAGAUGAUCUUUGUAGUCUAAUCGAUGGCGAGCAACUGCGGUUCUUGCAAAUCAAGACAUUAUCACCAACGCUUGUACUGGAACUCAUUGAGAGUGUUCUAGUGAACAGUGCUCGGCUCUUUUCGAGCCACCCUGAACUUGCACAGGUGCUGCGAACUCGCCUCGUGCCAUUGACUAUAAGAUAUUUCUCGGAACGACACGCGUUUCCUCAAACUGUCAGGAUGGCUCGGAUUUUGCUCUUGCUUCUUAAGCGUCACAUGUCUCUUCUGACUGCCGAGUGUGAGAUGGCGCUUAGCCUAUUGACCCAUCUACUGGAACCCGAUGGGACAGAAUUUUGGAAAAGAGUACUUUGCAUGGAAGUGUUUCGAGGAUUAUAUGCCGAGCCAGGGCUUAUUCGACUUGUCUACUCUCUAUACGACGCAACGGAAGGGAGAAAGGAUAUUCUUAAGGACCACAUGGCAUCCCUUGUGCGCUUAGCAUCUGAGAAACCUUCGUUGAUUGGUGUCAGCAAUCAAUCCACUGCGCCUUCCCGUGCUGAACAUUCGCGAUCGACAACAGAAGAACAAAUCACUCUCGAAACUGGGGGAGUUGCUGGCAUGAUAGGUACAACGGGCCCUUCACUCGAGAUGGAUGUACCGGGAAUCAGCAGCGAGUGGAGUGUUGUUCGGACUCCGUACAUUGAGCUUCUCGAUAAGGCGGAUCCACCACCACCUCCCGAAACCUAUAUCUAUAGCAUUAUACUGAACUGUAUUGCUGCGUUCUCUGAAGGUCUUGCCAAAUUUAUUCUGCCGCUGACGGUCCCCGAGUUGAAACAAAAACGAAGAAAUCGCACCGGCAGUGACUCACAGGAGCUCCAACGAUCCAACUUUCCGAAGACUGAUGACAAAAAAUCCCCUAUACCAAUAAACCCUUUAGAUUUGAAAGGUCACGCGCAAAUUUCGUCAAUCAAAGCCUGCGCUGGGAUAAUUGAUGAUUGCUGGCCUGCAAUCCUCGCAACUUGUUCAACAUUUCUAUAUGCAUCAUUAGACGACGAGUUCUACCACAGUCUGGUUCGAUCUUUUCAGAAAUUGACGCAUGUGGCGGGCCUUCUCAGGCUAUCCGUCCCUCGCGAUGCUUUUCUCACAACUCUGGGGAAAGCUGGGAUGCCAAUGGACACUGGUGGCGUCAAGCCCACGGGUCUCACACCAACGACUGGGGCCGAAUCCUUGCGUAGAAAUGCCACGGAGAAGAAAUGGCAGGGCACAGAGAUGCUUCCCAGCCGCUCUCAACUGUCCAUUGAGACUUCGAAUACCCAUCUGGAGAGUCCCUCUGUUACACUGAGCACACGGAAUCUUCUGUGUCUCCGGGCUCUCCUUAAUCUAGGCAUUGCUCUGGGUCCAACCCUGGAUCAACAGGCAUGGUCUAUUAUUCUCGAGACGCUGCGGGAUGCGGAUUUAAUGAUUGGCAUGUCUUCUGUGAUGACGGCCAAAUCAACAGCUACAGCCAGUAGCCCAGUUGAUGCUGUAUCUACCUCUGGUAUUGAUGUCCCAAAGGCUCAUCUUGGCACUGAAAUAAUCGCUGUACAAGCAGCCUCUACUAAAAUGUUCGAAAGCACCAGUGAUUAUCCCAGCAGCUCUUUCCAAGACAUUUUGGUUGCUCUGUUGAGUCUCUCGGGAAAUACUGAGGAAGUUCUUCGAACUCUCGAACCGUCGCCGAGUUCUCCUAGCUCUCCUUCAUCGCUGCUGCAUUCGGAUCAACUGCGGCAAGAUGCUCAUCGCGUGUCACUAACCAUAGGUCGAUCAAGGAUGCAGGAGGAAGAGUUGAAAUUUGUCUUGGAAAGAAUCGAAGAGUUGGCCAGAGCGAACCUAUGCCGGCUGUCGUCUCUCCAUGAAAGCGAACGAAGCACAUGGCGCUUCCUGACUGAUAGUCUGGUUUUGAGCGCCGCGAACAAUGAGAUAAGUCCUGGUCUCCGCCUAAAGGCCAGCAGCGUUCUCAACGACAUCAUCUUUCGAACUAUGGGACAGAACAAUAACGAAAAUGCGGAAGUUAGAAAUGAAGUACAACUGAGAAACCUUCGGACGUUACAGUCACAGAUAAGGUCACUUUAUGACACGAAUACUGGUUUGCCAAAAACUCCUGCCGCCACUGUAUUUGAAAUCCACGAGCGGGGCCUGGAAGUCUUGAAAAACAUUUUGGAACAGUAUGCGGAGACUUUCGUCGAUGCAUGGGGUUUGAUUUUCAGCCUUAUUUCCAGCAUUUUUAGGAUAUCUUCGCUCGAUGAAGACAUAGGUGCUUCCAAUCCCAAAAAUGGAAUUAAGACCCCUCUACCGGCAAGCUCACCUCGACUCGUCCAUGCCGCCUACAAAUCUCUUCAGCUUGUGGCCUCUGAUUUUCUUACUCUACUUCCCUCACCCUGUCUCUUGACUCUUGUGAACUCAUUCUCCGAAUUCGCUUCGCAAUAUCAAGAUUUCAACAUCUCACUUACGACGACCUCUUUCUUUUGGAAUGUCUCCGAUUUCCUUGAAAGACAAAUAGAACUAUUCUCAAUCGAGAGUCGUGUUGAUGCCUCUGUUAAUGAGGAGGAGCUAGUGAGGUUGGUGAAAGAGGGCGAUGUAUCCGCCUCUCGGAACGCCUUGUGGCUUAUUCUAUUGUUGCGAAUUGUUGAUAUCACGACAGAUAGCCGGGCAGAAAUUAGAAACAGCGCGAUCCGUACUCUGUUGAGAAUCUUUGAUGCUUACGGUCAGCAACUAUCCCCGAAGGCGUGGCAUCUAUGUUUAAACGGAGUCCUUUUCCGUAUGGUGGAGGAAGUUGAAGCUAAACUCGUGGAGUCUACUGGUAGCAAGAUGAAUCCAAAUUCUGACGAGGUUAAAUCUUGGAUUGACACGACAGUUGUGAUGGUCAAGGGAUGUUCCGACCUGAUAACAAGCUUCUUCGAAACAAUUAUCCAGGACGAGGAAUUCGACCAGUCAUGGAAACGGCUCUUAGGAUACCUUAGACGCUUGAUUGACUUCCAUCUCUUGGAGUUUAACGAGGCGACAUUCUCCAGUCUGUCAGGCAUGCUUCUUCGAGCGGAGGCUCCGCAUAGUCUCAGCGACGAAGCUCUUCAGGCGGCAUGGACUCUAUGGGCAGACGGCCAUCCUGCCCUUAAUAAAGAUUCGUUGGACCUGGGCAGCCCAAAUCAAGAUGCUGCUUUGGCUUACCUACAAACAUUCCAGCAGAUAUAUCAUCUUUAUAAGGAUCAUCUGACGGAGGAACGAAUCGAAACCAUCCUUCAGCAUAUGCAGUUCCUGGUGUGGAAUUCGAUAUCCCCGCGAUAUUCUCCGGAUACGGAUCGCCCGUCCGCCCUCCAGACAUUGGUUGUCGAUUGUACUAAAAUGAUUUGCAUGGAAAAAGACGCCUCGCAGCCCCAAAUACUACUAUGUCUCGCCAGCUACGCUGACUCCGCACUAUCGAAAUGGACCCCAGAUAGUGACACAAGAAAGCCAACGUUCGUUGCGUUCUCAAAAAAUGCAAUAGACCUUCUCGAUUGGUAUAUUGCGGACUUUGGGAUCAAGCAAGAUAUCUUCACCAACGGGUCCCUGACGACAGUCUUAGAACAUCUGAGUAAACCCAUCAGUCAGAAGUAUGAAUGGAGUGGUAAGGAUCGGGAGCCUUAUCUAUGGCAGAAGGCUACGACAGCUUCGCUGGAUAUCCUUCAAGUUGCGAUUCCAUAUGUGAAGAAGCAGUAUGGGAAGUGCACUCAGUCCGAAAUAGCUCGGUUUUGGAGGUGCGUGGUAGAUAUCUCCCAAGGCAUAGUCUCUGCCAGAGGCUAUCGAAUCUCGGAGCUUCCAAUUUCAACCAUACACUCCGACGAGUCCUUCGACACAGCAGCCUUCCAUCGACUGAAAUCGCUCAUCAUUCCAGCACUCGGAGCUUAUCCUAUACCAGAUAGCGUCCGUCGGGAUUUUGCAACCGCAAUCUUCCAUUCAUCGUUUAUUUAUCCUCCUCGGCGUUCUGACCUCCCCGGAGGGCUGUCAAUAGAGGAGCCCCUUCGGGAUCUGUGCAGAAUCCGUCCGGGACGCACAUUCGAUCCUCCACCCACCUUCCGACCUAGCAUGGCAUAUGCCUUAAUUGACACAAUGUUCGACCUCGCCUCUGUCUCACAUGUCCAACACGAGGACACGUAUGGUUCUACUGAUGAUAACCCGGCCAUAACGAAUCCACACAUCCUGCUCGCACGUUCUGUCACCCCUUAUUUGAUACUGCGAUGCGCCGUGUCCUUGAAAGCAUACAUUGCUGACCAGCCCCUUCGAGGACUGAUGCCGCAGCCGACGCCUGCGCGUAAGGCACUGCUACAUCUCCUGACCGGCAUGGUCGAGCUACGGAGUGAACCGUCGGCAAUCCCAGAGCUGUCGGAAACGGGAACAGGAACAGGAAUAGUGGAAGAUAUUCCUCAUUAUCAUCACAAGAAGCACCUUGAACGGCUAUAUCCUCUCAUAGUGAGAGCUGUGCAGGUUGCAGGUAGGGAACGAGAUGAUGGGCGAGUUUUGCAUGUUUUGGGGAGGGUGUUGGAGGAGGUGGGAGGUAGGACUUUGUGAAGACUGUCGGUAUUUUACAUUAAUGGGAUACGGUGUACUUGGUACGUAGAGAUGCUAUUUGCCAUGGAUCAUAUGUGUAUAGUGGUUAGGGAGAAGGAUUUCUG